AUGAUGCUCCUCAUGCAACUGAUGUGCGUUGCUGGCGCUCUCGGAGCUGCAGUCGCCCUUUCUGCGGACAUUGACGGCGCGCCACUCAUUCACCUCGACUAUGCCACGUACCGAGGGUCGCGCGUAGCCGGCGCCGGUGUCGACCAAUUUCUCGGUAUGCGCUUCGCCAAGCCACCGUUGGGCGACUUGCGCUUCCGCGCACCCGAGGAGCCAUUCCACGAAGACCAGGUGCAAGACGCGACCAAGCUUGGCGCUCUCUGCGUCGGGACCGUCGAUGGCUCCGGCGUUAGUCCCAAUGAUGUGUUUGGAGAAGAUUGCCUCUUUGCCAACCUCUUCAAGCCAGCCAACGCCACCACCGCGUCUAAACUUCCCGUCUGGGUCUUUAUCCAAGGCGGCGGCUACGCGCACAACUCGAACGGCAAUUAUAACGGGACUCAGAUCGUUCAGCAGAGCGGCGGCAACGUAGUUUUUGUCAGUUUCAACUACCGCGUCGGCGUUCUUGGCUUCUUGGCAAGCGAAGAGGUCCGCAAGGAUGGCGCACUGAAUGCUGGUCUCUUGGACCAACGGUUAUUUCUCAAGUGGGUGCAGAAAUAUAUCGGCCAGUUUGGAGGCGACCCCAACCAUGUCGUAAUUCACGGCGACUCUGCGGGUGGCGGUUCCGUCUCGCACCAUUUGACCGCCUACGGCGGCAACGACAAGGAGAAUCUCUUCGUUGGUGGCAUACCUGAAAGCCCAUUCUGGCCGACGCAGCGAAAAGUAGACCAAAUGGAAUUUCAAUACACUCGUCUGCUUCGCGACACCAAGUGCGACUCCCUCGACUGCCUUCGCAAACUCGACGUUGGCGCGCUGGGCAACGCCAGCCAGCCCUCGCCCUUCCCCGAGGCCCAUACCGAGGAUCCCGCGCCGCUGUGGUAUUGGCUGCCUGUAAUUGACGGGGAUCUCGUUCAAGACAACAUGUACAAGCAGUUUCUGACUGGCCGCUUCAAGCGUGUGCCCCUCCUCGUGGGCGCUGAUACCGAUGAAGGCACUUUGUUUGCUGUGAAUGCCAGCACCGAGACCGAGGUGUCAUCGUUUCUGCGAGCCAACUACCCACGCCUUCAAGAAUGGCAGCUCGACAUUGUUAGCACCAUCUACCCGAAGAUGAAACCUUUGCCCAAGCACGCCGCCUAUUUCCCAUCUGCUGCCGCUGUAUAUGGCGAUAGUACCUUUGUGUGCGCGGGAAAUACCAUGUCCGAUGCCAUCUCAGCCUUCGUGGGCCCAGACAAGUUGUGGAAUUAUCGUUACAACGUUGCCGAUCCAGAGCAGGUUGCCGAAGGCUUCGGUGUGCCACACGUUAGUGAGCUCGGAGCCAUCUUUGGGCCCGACAAUAUCCGGGGGCACGAGGCGAAAUCUUUAAGGACCACCAAUGCGCCUAUUGUGCCCGUAACUAUGGCGUACUUUACCAGCUUCGUUCGGUUUCUGGACCCAAAUACAAGUCGGCAGCCCGGAUCGCCGUUGUGGCAAAACUGGGGAGCGUUUGUGGGUGAGCAGGGCCAGCGUAUGCGGCUGGAAACAAACAACACAGCGAUGGAGACUGUGCCUUUUGACUUGGUCACGAAGUGUGCGUUAUGGAAGCUUCUUGCUGAGAGUAUGGAUGUUUGA